AUGAAAAGGCAGAGAAACUCUUACACAGUUGAGGAAAAAUGUAAAGCUGUAGAUUUGGCCUGCCUUUUUCCUCAAAAUAACUUACGAAGCAUUGGCUCUGGACGUCAUGUACUUUUUCCUGAGGAGGAGGCUCAACUUUAUGAGUAG